AUAAUCAAGACCUUAAAAAUGGAGAAGUCAAGCAACAAGACGAUCGUUUUUGAGGCUGUCAAACGACUUCAGAGGGUCAACCAACGAAAACUGGAAGGGCUUUGUGAUUAGUUAAUAAAAUAAAGUUAGAAUAAACGUAAGCAACCACGCUGACUAUUGUUGCUUCGCGCUUCCCGUAGCCAGCUGUUGUGCUACUGCUAGGCUGACUGCUGCUAGCUAGCUGUACAAUCUAACUAUUUAGCAAUAACAACACACAAGAUCACCGGGAAAAUGGAGGUCAAUCAAGCAAAACAGGAGCAUCUACUUGCAUUAAAAGUGAUGCGGUUGACAAAACCCACUCUCUUCACAAACAUGCCAGUGACAUGUGAAGAUCGAGACCUUCCAGGUGAUUUAUUUAGUCAGCUCAUGAGGACGGACCCGUCCACCAUCAAAGGGGCUGAGGCGCUGAUGCUGGGAGAGAUGCUCACGCUACCACAGAACUUUGGAAACAUCUUCCUGGGCGAGACCUUCUCGUGUUACAUCAGUGUGCACAAUGACAGCACCAAGGUGGUGAAAGACAUCCUGGUCAAGGCCGACCUUCAGACCAGCUCCCAGAGACUCAGCCUCUCGGCCUCCAACUCAGCCGUCACAGAACUCAAACCUGAAUGCUGUAUAGAUGACGUCAUCCACCACGAAGUCAAAGAGAUCGGGACUCAUAUCCUGGUGUGUGCGGUCAGCUACACCACCCAGUUCGGGGAGAAGCUCUACUUCAGGAAGUUUUUUAAAUUCCAGGUCCUCAAGCCGCUGGACGUGAAGACCAAGUUCUACAACGCCGAGAGUGACCUCAGUUCUGUGACAGAUGAGGUGUUCCUGGAGGCCCAGAUCCAGAACAUCACCACCUCGCCCAUGUUCAUGGAGAAGGUGUCCCUGGAGCCCUCCAUCAUGUACAACGUGACGGAGCUCAACACCGUGGAGAGCGGGGAAGAAGGCGAGUCCACGUUCGGCAAGAUGUCGUACCUGCAGCCCAUGGACACACGUCAGUACCUGUACUGCCUGAAGCCCAAGCCCGAGUACGCCGAGAAGGCGGGCGUCAUCAAGGGCGUGACGGUGAUCGGCAAGCUGGACAUCGUGUGGAAGACCAACCUGGGGGAGCGCGGCCGGCUGCAGACCAGCCAGCUGCAGCGCAUGGCUCCGGGCUAUGGAGACAUCAGGCUGUCUCUGGAGAUGAUUCCUGACACCGUGAACCUUGAGGAGCCCUUUGACAUCAUCUGCAAAAUCACCAACUGCAGUGAGCGGACGAUGGACCUGGUGCUGGAGAUGUGCAACACGAGGUCGGUCCACUGGUGCGGCGUGUCGGGCCGACAGCUGGGGAAGGUGGGCCCCAGCGCCUUCCUGUCCCUACCGCUGAAGCUCCUGUCCUCCGUCCAGGGCCUGCAGAGUAUCUCUGGACUGCGGCUCACUGAUACCUUUCUGAAGAGGACUUAUGAAUAUGAUGAUAUAGCGCAAGUCUGUGUGGUUUGUCCAUUUAUGAAUGAGAGCUAGUAUUUUGUUUUAUUCAAUGUUAUUCACAUAUUUAAUUUGAUUGGACCAAAUUUGCAUUUCCGUGUCUUGUCUUUGUCUUGGCUUUUUAUAUAUUUGCACAUCGAAAGAUAACAAGGUUUUGUUGUAAGGUUUCCAUGCUUUUCUUGUAAUAUAAACAUAAAUCUUUAUUAUUAAUUAUUUGAAUAAAAACCACUCAAAUCUGUUAUGUGUCUACAAAGUGUUGGAUGAAACUGAAAUAGCUUACGUUUCUUGGAGGGCUUACACAGAGGAAGAAAAUUAUCUUGAUCAGAGUAGAAAUUGAUGAUAUAUUUCCCACAGUCUCAUUGAGUUUAGGGGUUAAACCACUGCUCUGCCAUUGUCAUGCUGUGUGUUAGAAAUGCCGAUCUUCAGUAUGCAGAUUCUUAAUAAAAUGACCAGAAAAUCUUG